CUUCAAAGCAGGUAAUUAAUUCUUCUACCACUCUCUUGUUACAUGUUUAUUGUUUCUGAUAUUUGUUUGUAUUAUUAACUAUACGUAGAAGAUGGAACCCAAACUCUUGCUGUCCUCAGUUAAUGGCUCACCGUCUACUUCUUUGCCUUUCUUUCUUUCAUACAAAUCUGAUUUUUUUGAAAAAUCUAAGUUCUCUGUUAAAUCCCAUUUUUCCUCUUCAAAUUUCUCCGUAGCGAAGUCUCAAUUUUUGGGAAAAAGUUUGGUGUUUGAAGAGAAAAGUAGUCAAUUUGGAAGUACUCUUAGGAAAACUCAUGCCCCAUUUGCACCUGUAAGAGCGGUUGUGAAGAGACGAAAAGAGCUCUCCUUUGACAAUGUCAUUCAAAGGGACAAGAAGCUUAAAUUGGUACUGAAGAUAAGGAAGAUUCUUGUGAGUCAACCUGAUAGAAUUAUGUCACUUAGGCAAUUAGGUAAGUACAGAAGAGAAUUGGGUCUUAAGAAACAACGUCGAUUUAUUGCUUUGCUGAAGCAGUUCCCUGCUGUGUUUGAAAUUGUGGAAGAAGGAGCUUUUUGUUUGCAAUUCAAAUUGACACCUGAAGCUGAAAGACUUUACCUUGAGGAGUUGAAGGUUAGGAAUGAGAUGGAGGAUCUGCUGGUUGUUAAGUUGAGGAAACUAUUGAUGAUGUCGAUGGAUAAGCGCAUUUUGUUGGAGAAAAUAGCCCAUUUGAAGAAUGAUUUUGGGUUGCCUGUUGAAUUUCGUGACACCAUUUGUCAUAGAUACCCACAGUAUUUUAGAGUUGUUGCUACUGAAAGAGGGCCAGCACUAGAAUUAACUCACUGGGAUCCUGAGCUUGCAGUAUCAGCUGCUGAAUUAUCUGAAGAGGAGAAUAGGGCCAGAGAACUACAAGAGAAAGAUCUAAUCAUUGAUAGACCUCUUAAAUUUAAUAGGGUGAAGCUGCCUAAGGGUCUACAGCUUUCUAAGAGUGAAAUGAGAAGGAUUUGUCAGUUCAGAGACAUGCCUUUUAUAUCCCCUUAUGCAGAUUUUUCCCAUUUGAAAUCUGGUACGCCAGAGAAGGAAAAGCAUGCUUGUGCAGUUGUUCAUGAGAUUUUGAGUCUGUGUGUUGAGAAGAAGACCCUUGUGGAUCACUUUACUCAUUUCCGAGAGGAGUUUAGAUUCUCUCAGCAGCUGAGAGGGAUGCUAAUAAGGCAUCCUGACAUGUUUUAUGUGUCCUUGAAAGGUGAUAGAGAUUCAGUUUUCCUCAGGAAAGCAUAUCGUGAUUCCCAUUUGGUGGAUAAAGAUCGGUUGUUGCUUAUCAAAGAGAAGCUUCGUUCUCUUGUUUCUGUUCCUAGAUUCCCAAGGCGGGGGGCUAUCAAUAAGAAUGCUGAUAAAGAAAAUGGAAGUGAUGAGCAAGAAGAUGCAAGCGGUGAGGAAGGUGAAGAUUGGUCUGAUAUUGACAGUUACAUGAGUGGUGAUGGACUUGAUGAUGAUGGUGAUGAUGAUGAUGACAAUGAAGAUGAUUGGAGUGAUGAAGAAGAUGAUACGCCCCCAGAUUUUGAUGAAGAUGAUGACAGUGUGAGGAUUCAUGUUAGCACAUCAAAUAACCAGUCAGAUAAUUCAACAAAGAAUGAAAAGAAAGUGCUAGUUCCCGCAUUUCCUGAUGGCCAACCACGAGAACGUUGGUAAAUAAGAAGCAACUCUGCUUUGCACAUUGAAGGCCCGCCCUACUCUUGAGAUAUAGCUCCAAGAGGCCGCAUCGUUAACUUGGUCAUAGCAAGUUGAUUUUCAUGGAAGAUGGAUGUAAUUGACUACUUUCGGCUCCUGCAAAGCAUGUAAUGCCUGAACCCUGCUUGCAAACUUAAAUCUUAGGGAAAUUCUUGCGAAAAUAGGCAAGAACAGUAACGCCAUGUUGAAUUUCUGAAGAAUUUAGAGAUACGUUUCUGAACUGAUAAAACCACGACAAAAUACUUUGCUUGAACAAACAUCAUUGUAGCCUAUUUCCAGUAUGUAAUAGCUUAUGCCUAUUGUUAAUAAUAUGAAACAUUUACAAUAUUUCAUCUAA